CAGAGCAAACCAAGGAACCGAGCAAAGAUGCGUCGCGAGGGGCGGCAGCGAGGGUGGGUGCGCGUCUACGACCGCGAGCUGGACCCGGAGGGCAAGCGCCGCGCGGUGCACGCCGUGGAGGAGGGCCAGGUGGUGGCCAACGGCGGAUUCAUCAGGGCGCCGCGGAAGCCCACCAACCAGUCCAAACCCGGCGGCCGCCGCGCUCUCGGAAGGAAACCCGCCGUGGAAGAGGACGACCAAAUCCUUCCGCCGGCGCCGGCCGCGUAUUACGGAUACUACUCGGGGGCGGAAUGGCAGUCGUACGGCGCCGUCUUGCGAGAGGAAGCGCAAGCUCGUCCUGUGGCGGCUGCCCGUUGUUCGGGGGGAAGGGCAGCGUCGUGCAAGGGGAGCCGGCACAGGUCCAGGCACCAGAUGAAGGAGAUGUGUUACUUCUACGGAGACGAGCUCGAUUAAUUACGGCUUCGACUCAUGAGCGCACUGCGCACGCAACGACGGAGCUCCAUUUAGUGGCUGUGACAUGCAUGAAGCGAAGCUGUAUAGAGGAUCUAAUAAUGGCUGCUUGUCUUUGUUGCUUUUCUUAUGAAAUUUUGUGAAUGUUGAUCUAAUAAAAACUUCCGUCCGUGUUGGUGCUAUUGUACUCAAAUUCUCCUGACUUCUCAAGUGUAAUUUGAUCUCAAAUUAGAAGCUAAAAUAUCAGCUGUGACA